UCUCCUCAAAGCUCCUCCCUCUCCUCAUCUGUUUACUGCUUCUCACCUCCUCUCCUUAGUCAUCACUCCUCCCUCCUCCCUCUCUCUCUCCCUCCCUCUCUCUCUCUGUUAUCAGAUGAGUGUUUAUGAUCGCCGUCAGUGUGUGUGUGUGUGUAUGUGUGUGUUCAGUCAGUAGCAUGGCGUCUCUCAGCCUCCUGCUGCUCAGCACCGCUCUCAUCCACACCGCCCAGUCUCUACCUGCAGCUCAUGGAGGGGGACGGGACCUGGACGUGUCGGUGGGCGGAGUCAGACGCCAGCGCAGAGCCCUGCUGCCCUAUGAGGAGCAAAUUAUGUCAUAUCCUGCCAUACAAGGAGGAGGAGGGGCCAACGACCUGUACUACCAAUCAGAUGACUGGAGGGGGAGGGGCUUGAACCAGGCCCUGCAGCGACUGGUGGAGAGAGACCAGAGGCGGGAACAGGAAGAGGAGCAGCGAGCAGCCUACCUGGCCGCUCUGCUACGCCUCCUGAACGAGGCAGAGAGUGUGGGAUUGGUCGGCCCGCAAGACGUGGCGGUUGUUGAGGAGGAGGAUGAGGAGGAUCAGGGGCCCCCUGGGGACUUCCAGGGCCCGGUCCCCGCAGACUAUGAUGAGACAGGACGGGGUAUGAGCAUGGGGAGGCCCCCAACUGCAUGGUGGGGCCUCCUGGAGCCCCAGCUGGCUCAGACCUUGUUGGACAGGAUGGAGCCUCAGCUGGUUCAGACCCUGCUGGAGAGAGCGAGACAGGAGAAACUCCAACAGACAGGACGAGGACUAAACCGAGACCAGGACACUCUGAGACGGAUGGUUGCUAGGAUACUGUCCAGCAUCGGCCCUAACAACACCCCGGUGAACUCCUCAGGUCGCAGAGCGAGGAGAGACCUGUCUGUCGCCGCAGUCGAACCCAUUAGCUCCGCCCAUAGGAGAACUCGCCGUUCCCUUGACGACAUGACACCUCCGUCACCUAGCAAUGACCCCCCACUCCUCAGGGUGAAGAGGCUGGAGGAAGAGGAGGAGGAGGAUAAUCUCCAUCCCCUCGCUGCUGGGCUGCAGAGGAUGAAACGCAUUGAUACCAUGGCAACCGCAGCAGUGGAAGAACUGAAUCAUGGGAUUCAUAGGCGCCGGAGAAGAGCCGCCCUGAAUUAUGACCCCCAAAUAUUGAUUGAUCAGAUUGUGAAGUACAUGGGGGAAUGAGAGGAGGAGAGGAGUGGAGGAGGAGAGGAGGUAUUGUGUCAUUCUUUACGUUUGUAAUUUUCAGUUUAUGUAAAAAAUAUUUUUGCUGCUUUAGGUAAAAAUAAAUCUGAUCAGUCGUUCGUUGUUAAAGGAAGGGGUGGGGGUGAUAAAUGUGACCUUGACGAGUGAUUACUCAGAGGUCAUGACCUAUGCUCCUGUUGAUCUAUUGUUUCCUCAACGUUUUCCUGGAAACAGCUGAGGUCAGAGUUGUGACAUCAUCAUCAUGUAGCUGCGAACCACGAUUUUAAGAGUUAAACAUAAACAGUCCGAUUUUUCCUUCGGUCACUGAAAAAUGUAAAACAAACUGUCAAGAAUUUACUUUUAAUUUAAAGUAAAGUAUCAGAUGAUUUCCCACGUGAUGAAUCAGGCCUCAGUCUGUGGUGGAACAUGGGAAAUGUAGUUCACAGCAGUUUCACAGAUCAGCAAUGCCCUCUGGGAGUUGUAAUUGACCCCACCCAGAUGUCCAUUCGUCAUCUGUGUGUCCCUGGAAAACACAGACAGAUGAUGGACAAUGAUGGUAACCAAGGCAACGGCUCUGUCAUUGGUUGUUGUGUUCAUGUACUCCAGCUUGUGUGCAACAGCUCUGUCAUGUGAUCACUCGUGUGUAUGUGGUUAAAAUAAUCUGAUUAAAUAAAGUCAGUGUCACCACAAACGCUC